UCGAGACUUCGCUCAGUUUUUUCUUUCACUUUUUUCUCUCCCUAGGCAACGUUGCGACGAGAUUAUACUUUCACUUGAAAAUGCUCCGUUAAUAACUUCGUUAUCGCGUUCAACGAUAUCGGCGAUACUAAGGCGGUUCUAAUCGAUGGAUAAAUUCGACAAAGUAAAACAAUUCGAGAAGAUCAAGCGAAAGGUAUAUAGGUGAGAUAUGCGAGAGAUUUAACGGUUUGGUGGUGAAACGAGAAUUGCAUAUCGAUUCGGAUAGUAACAGUUUCACAGAGAAGGCAUAUAUAUUACGGUCAAGUCGGGCUCGUGAGAUGCCCAUCUCUCGUCGUGGCGAGGUGAAAGGAUUAAAUGGGCCAAAAUCAGAGGGAAAGAAGGGAUCCUCGAUUGUAGAAAAUGACACGGGCAACACACGGAUACACGAAUACCGAGAAGACCCAUUUAUCGGCGUUCGCCGUGGCUGACCUGUUUGCGCGACACGCCGCUUUUCCCUGGAGAGAAAAAUCCGGCCUGUUCAUCUGAGGCGGAAUGGGACUGGGUGAAAGUCGUUCAGGUGAUUCGAGGGAUGCCGGCCAAAGAUAGACACGAGACAAUGCUCGAUGGCGUUUUAUGUAACAUGGCAACACACGCUACUCCUCGACUUCAUUGGGUCGAUCGUAAAACCCCUGAGAAAGAAAUACGGUUCGUGAUAAACCGCAAGUUAUAAUUUCCGUUCGGAAAAUGAUAAUGCGGAAAGCGUGCGAUUAUAAUUACGAUUGUAAUUUAACUCGUGGAACGAUGGAAUAUUGAACUUCAUUGAUUAAGAGGAGUUGCAAGAAAUUUAAAAUUGCGUUUGAGGUUGAAGCGGUAUUGCAAUCUGUAAAAUGUCGAGUCAGAAGAGCAUUGUCGAUUUAAAUGUUCGGCAAGAUUUUUGUAGUAGACAGCGAGAAAUGUCGAUUAACCAUACUAUGUGUGUCGCAUUAUCGCGAUAACCACCUAGCAACAAAGAACACCAUAUUAUCAUGAUAAUAAUAUGUGACGACACUGUUUACAAUCGAGUCGCAUUACGAUUACAAAGCGUGAGUUAGAAUCUCGUGGAACAGGAUUCGAGACACCCACGUAGAUGCUGAUCACGUGUACGGAACGAUACGAUUCGCAAAUAACGGUGUUGUGCUCGUUGCGACCAGUUAUAUUGCUGUGGGAAGAUAGGUAAUGUACGCGUUACGUGAAUAAGUGUUCGUAAAUUCAUAACGAAGCAGAGAGUGGUUUAGAAAGCGGACACGGAUUCUACAAAAAACCAUAUAACUGUACGAUUGCUCAAUGUUGGUUGAAAGUCGUUGCUUGACUUAUACGUGAAAACAUUCAUCGCAACGAGCUAGGAAAGACGAACAAAUUUACGGCAAUAACUAUUGCAACGCCUGCUAUUAUAUAGAGAAAUCAAAGGAUUAAUCGCGACCAACUCAUCAUCCGCGUUGCUGCUUUUUUGGUCAAGGAAUCUUUUGCUUAGUUUAACGCAACGUAGUUUGAACGCACGACGACAUUUAUUAUUAUUCAAAUAGUUUAUUGAAUUAAAUUAUCGAAUAAGAUUAAAAUGUCUUCAAAUACGUCUCUUAUAGAAACAGAAAUUUUCAAAAUUUUUGUAUUUUGGGGUACUAUACUUGCUUUAAAAUUAAUUGUAAUGGUUCCAUUAACUGCAUAUUACAGAUUUAAAAAUAAGGUAUUUUCAAAUCCUGAAGAUGCUGUAACUUUAAAAGGAGCAAAAGUUGCUACCAAUGAUUCUGAGAUUGAACGUGUACGCAGAGCACAUUUAAAUGAUUUAGAAAAUAUUCUUAUAUGGUAUAUUGUUACAUUUGUCUGGUUAACUACAAAUCCUUCUAUAUGGUUAGCUUCACUCUUAAUCAGAACCUUUGUAAUUGCUAGAAUUCUUCACACGUUAGUGUAUGUUGUAUUUGCAAAACAACCUCAUAGAGCAAUAACUUUUUUUGUGGGCUACGCUACUACUUUAUAUCAAGCUGUUAAUAUUUUAUUAUUUUACAUGUAAUUUCAAUAGUUUUUCUUUAUUAAAAAAUAUACUUAAUUCAUUUUCAUUUUUAUAUUAUAUAUUCUAUUUUUUGUAGUAUUAUUAUUGUUAAUAAAAGUAUAUUAAAAAAUUACAA